GCUGCUGCAGGUGGUGUGUAUGAUUUGGGUCUUUCCCUUCCCAGUCGGCUUCAUAUGGGAAUCCUACGAAAAAAUGUCGUUCACUCUUAAAGCAAUUGCAUGCCUCAUACCAAAUCUUGGCAUUUCUCUUGGAGCGAUUGUCAUCGGCAAGUUUGAAGGAUCCGGUAGCGGCGUUCAAUGGGAUAACCUUUUUGAUGGUGUUGAUGUGGACGACAAGUUCUUCCUCGGGACUGUGUUCAUCAUGAUGAUUAUUAGUUGUCCCAUAUAUGGUAUGCUUACAUGGUAUAUUGAAAAUGUGUUCCCAGGACAGUAUGGUACUUCAAAACCUUUUUACUUCCCAUUCACCAAAAGCUACUGGUGUGGAAGCUUUGAAAAGGUAUCAAACGAUGAAGAAACCUUGCCAUUAAGAAAUGCGGAAAAUUUCGAAACAUCGAAGAAGUUCGAAAGGGCUCCUCAAAGUCUGGAUGUGGGGAUUGACAUCAAAAAUUUAGUGAAGAUCUAUGACGGAGUAACAGGUAAAAAAGUCGCUGUGGACGAUGUUACACUAAAGAUAUACGAGGGACAAAUUACGGUUCUUUUUGGUAAUAACGGAGCUGGUAAAAGUAGUUUGAUGUCUGUCCUUACCGGUAUUUAUUCUCCUAGUCAGGGAACUGCUGUUGUCAAUGGUUACGACAUUAGAACAAGCAUGGAUGACGUACGGUCAAGUUUAGGUUUAUGUCCACAACAUGACGUUUUGUACGAUCGACUGACUGUUAAGGAGCAUUUGUGGUUCUUUGGAAAACUGAAGGGUCUGUCUAGUGAUGAAAUCGAUAGGGAAGUGGAAAAAAUGAUGGAGUCCAUCAAACUAGCGGAUAAAGCUAAUGCUCAAACUAGAUAUUUGUCUGGCGGGAUGAAACGCAAGCUAUCUUUAGGAGUAGCGCUGAUUGGAAAGACAAAGGUGUUAAUGCUUGACGAACCUACUUCCGGUAUGGAUCCAUCUGCCCGCAUGUUUACUUGGAAACUGCUUGAGAAGUAUCGUGACGGACGAACGAUCUUGCUGACGACACAUUUCAUGGACGAGGCCGACUUUUUAGGAGACCGCAUUGCGAUAAUGGCUGAGGGCAAAAUCCGUUGUUGUGGUAGUUCAUUGUUUUUGAAAAACCAUUAUGGCGUGGGUUAUCAUAUAGUGAUGGUCAAAGAACCAGAAUGUAAAGAACACAAAGUUGAUGAACUUGUUAAAGAGUAUGUCCCGAAUGGCCAAUUGGAAAGUCGUGCUGGCGCUGAACUGUCCUACAUCUUGCCUCGGGAAUCUUCGCGGAAUUUUUCCACGUUGUUCUCAGAACUGGAGACUCGGCGAAGGGAGCUGGGAAUUGCUAGUUAUGGCGCUUCAAUGACAACCACGGAAGAAGUUUUUAUGAAAGUGGCAACGGAAUGUGACAACACGUUAAAUGAUAGACUAAAAGGUAAGCUGUGGCAAAUUAAUCACAGUCACAAAUCAUCCUUUGCCGAGAACUACAAACAAAAGUCAAAUGAUUUAGAUGACAUCUCUGUUGGUCUUAAUAUAGCUUUCAAUCUGCUAAUUGGCAUGGCGUUUCUUGCUUCAAGUUUUGUCGUGUUUGUCGUCCAAGAGCGAACGAACGGUGCAAAACAUGUGCAGUUCGUUAGUGGCGUUGAUCCCAUUAGCUACUGGACUGCUUCGUGGUUGUGGGACAUGAUGAAGUUCACACUUCCCUGUAUCGGCAUUGUUAUUUUGUUUGCAUGUUUUAUCGUGCCUGCGUACACAGAAGCCUAUCGUCUUGGAAUAGUUUUCCUCGUUUUGAUGCUUUAUGGUUCAGCCAUCAUCCCGUUUGUGUAUCUCUUCUCGUUUCUCUUCAAAACGGCCUCGAAAGCUUUCAUCUUAUUGAUGUUGUUGAAUUUUGUAACUGGUCCUGUCGCCUUGCUUGUUGUGUUCAUCAUUCAGAGUCUUGGCUACCAUCACACUGUUGAUGUCCUUAACUGGACUUUUUUGGUACUCCCCAACUUUUGCCUCGGACAGUCGUUCUCCAAUAUUUUUGAGAAUUAUAACCGUAUCAGACUUUACAAUAUGUGCAUGGAAAAGUAUGCGCCGGUGAUGUGCAUGCCUCUGAAAGCGAGGAUUCAGACGAAUUAUUUGGCCUUUGAAAAUCCUGGAAUUGGUCGAUUUCUCUUGGUGUUACCACUUGAAGGAAUCUUCUUCAUGCUUAUUAUUCUGUUGAUCGACUUCAAUGCUAUUCGGUCGUUGCGAAGCUCCAUUACAUCGGUGUACGUCGAUCCGUUUGACAGCAUGCAUCCAAACGAUGAAACGGAAGAUUCCGACGUGAUAGCGGAAAAACGACGAAUACUCAACGACGAAGUGGACGAAGACGUGCUUGUAGUGAAAGAUCUUACGAAAAUAUUUAAAGUUCCAGGUCGUCGAAGAUUUGCUGCAGUGGAUCACAUCAGCUUGGGAAUACCUUUAGGUGAAUGCUUCGGUCUCCUGGGAGUCAAUGGCGCGGGAAAAACUACAACGUUUAAAAUGUUAACAGGCGAUGUGAUUCCAACUUCGGGCACCGCCGUCCUUGACUCGUGGGAUAUUCAGACUAAUUUAAGUCGGGUUCGUCAACGAACAGGCUAUUGUCCACAAUUUGAUGCUUUGAUCGAUUUAUUGACGGGACGGGAGAUGUUGCAAAUGCAUGCUGCACUUCGUGGAGUCCCCAGUCAUGAGAUCAAUCCAUUGAUCGAAGAUUUAAUGAGAUCAGUGUUGCUAACGGAACACGCUGAUAUGUUAACUAAAACAUACAGUGGUGGAAACAAACGCAAACUAAGUACAGCAAUAGCUUUGAUUGGCGAUCCACUCAUAAUUUUUCUCGAUGAACCAACAACUGGAAUGGAUCCUGUUGCAAGACGACUGUUGUGGAACACUUUAUGUAGAGUCAGAGCCGAAGGUCGAUGCCUGAUGAUUACGUCACAUAGGAUUGAAGAAUGCGAGGCGUUGUGUACUCGGUUGGCAAUCAUGGAAAAUGGCAGAUUGCGCUUUCUCGGUAGCCCGCAACACCUGAAGAACAAAUUCGUUCAAGGAUUCACUUUGUUGGUAAACCCUCCAAGUGACACGCCCAGUAAUGACUCGACCUUGGUAAAAGAAUUCGUGGCAGAGACGUUCCCAGGUAGUGUACUUCGAAACGAGCACAAUGGCUUGUUGAAUUACCACAUAGGCGACUCAAAAAGCUCUUGGUCUUCCCUGUUUGCGAUCUUAGAAGAUGCGCACAGCCGUUCUGUUAUUGGUAAUUAUUCUAUAAAACAAACCACACUGGAUGAGAUAUUUUUAAAUUUUGCUCUCUCACUGGGAGGCUACGACGAUUAGAUGGUUGAUUAAUAUCGUCGUACAUGGGGCAGUGUGACCAUUAAUUUUGAAUUAUAACUAAAUCUUUUUUAUCGUGUUAAUGAUUGUUUGGUCGAUUUAAAAUUUUUCAAUCGCACCUUGUAUACGCCACUAAAUGUUGCAUACACCAAAAAGAAUCACCCGAAUGAAGUAAGCACGAUGCCACGACCUAGAACCCAGUCUACUAGAUACCUGACACCGCCAAAAUUUUUAGUUACGAGUUUGGCAAGCCGCCAUCUUGAAAGGUGGCAAAAUUGACGAUAUUUACGAGUAAAAUAUGCUUUUUUUGCAUUGAAAUGCAGUUGCAGAAUUGAUAGUAUAGGUUUGAUUUUUAAAAUUUUUUUUAAAAUUUCAGCUUAUUUUUGAUUGAGAGUUUUGGUUUUUGCCACCAUUCAAGAUGGCGUUCUUGUCUCAGGAUGUCACGUUCACAUCUUGGGGAUUGGGUUCUAAAUCAUUGAGUAUGACGUUAUAAAAUAAUGUCAAGAACCAUGCCAGGCUCUCUCACGCGACAUAUUCCAGAGCGAACUCGGUUGGCAUUCAAAAAACACACUACGAUUCUUCAAUUGUAAAACUGAUAUAUUUCAUAAAAUAUUUUAUAAAACAUCAACAUACCUUGUUACAUGAGCGAAAAUGUUUACAAAACAACAAUUGUAUGCUUUAUCAAUGAAAAGUGAAUGAAUUUCUGCGGUUAAAAAUGUAAAAUUUGUGUGUGGUAUUUGUAAUAUUGUGAGAUUUCUCUCUUUUAUUGCUUUAUCAUGUUACUUAUAUACAGAUCUUUACUUAUUUAUAAUAUACGUAGUAUGACGUACGAAAUACUAAUAAUCUGAAUAAUAACUAUACUACAUCUCUCCCCAAACUAAUUAAAUAUAUUUUUUUGUA